AUGAAUAGACUUUGGUCCAAGUUCCAGCCCCUGGUGUUUUUUGACGUGGCGAUCGAUGGCGUGCAGAAGGGGAGGGUGGUCGUCGAGGUAUUUACGGAGACAACUCCGAUAGCUGCCAAGAAUUUCAGGGCCCUAGCGGUCGGAUAUGGGACGAGAACUCUGAGGAGACACAGUUCGACGGGAAAUACGACGGACACCGACGUCAAACUAUGGUACAAAAACAGUCGGUUCCACAGAAUACUGCCAGGAUUGAUGAUUCAGGGCGGGGACAUCUUAUACGGGAACGGAUACGGAUCGAUUUCUAUUUACGGGAGGGUGUUCGUGGACGAGCACUUCCACUUAUCACACAAUCGCCCAGGUCUUCUUAGCAUGGCCAACGCCGGUCCUGACACGAACGGGUGCCAGUUCUUUAUCACCACUCAGCCCGCCCUUCACCUGGACAACAAGCACGUCAUUUUCGGCCACGUCAUUUGUGGGUACGACAUCGUAAAGCUCGUCGAGCAGCAAGGCAGUCCCACCGGCCGGCCGAUGGCAGAGGUCAUCAUGACGGACUGCGGAGAGCUGUCCAGAGAGGGAUACUUGCAGGAAGUGUGUUGGGAAAGGGAGCGACUUCAAGCCAAAGUCGAGGAGAGAAAAAAGCAAGAAAUUUUUGAAUUGAACUUGUAUUUCCACUGCAAAAGGCUAGGGAUCGAGUACGUUCCUCGAGCCGUGAGGGAAAUGCGCCAGGCCGAAAUCGGACGCGACUACCAGCAGGAGGUUACAGCAAGGAGCGAACAAACAGUCAAGAUUGAUGAAGAUCUCAAGCGUAUUCAACACGUAGAAAGGAAGUUGAAAGACCUGGUCAUAGACUAUUCAAAAACGUAGGUC